CCGACUGCACGUCACCGUGCCCGUUAGAUUCGGAUUUUCCUGUUUUAUCCUCUUCUCAACAGAGAGAGAAACACAGAGAGUUGAUCUCAAAGCCGAGAAGAAAAAAAAAAAAACACUGCCUCUCACCUUACGAGGAGACAUGUGACAAUAAGUCCACUUGGAGUUGGUUCUAAUUGUAUUGGAGACAUGUAGUUGAUUCAGUUGGAAAAUAUCCUUCACUCACAGUUUUAGGGAGCCAUAUUAUGGAUCCAACGGUCGAACAAUUUUAUCAACUAAAACUUACUGAUCCAUUUUGAAGCAUUUAUACACGAGGAUCCGUUGUGUCUUGUACCUUUCUGGUUUCUUCAAGUGAUUUCAGUUACCAGUUUUAGCUGUUCUUAGGAGGCAGAUCUUUAUAGCAGUUUCUGGAAGGGAAUGGAAGACUGCGGACCUCUCAAAUCUGAUAAUAGAUUAAAGCACCGUCCUUUGACUCCAAUUAGGGUUUUCAGGGGUCUCUUAUGUUUGUUGGUGUAUAUUUCUACGGCUUUUAUGUUUUUAGUGUAUUUUGGACCCAUUAUUGCCUUCAUGUUGCGCCUUUUCAGCAUCCAUUACUGUAGGAAAGCAACAUCCUUCCUCUUUGGUCUUUGGUUAGCUAUGUGGCCCUUUCUAUUUGAAAAGAUAAAUAGAACUAAAAUUGUGUUUUCUGGAAAUACUGUCCCUGCAAAGGAACGUGUCUUACUUAUUGCCAAUCACAGAACUGAGGUUGAUUGGAUGUACUUGUGGAAUCUUGCAUUGCGAAAGGGCUGCUUGGGCUACAUAAAAUAUAUCCUUAAGAGCACCUUGAUGAAACUACCUGUCUUUGGUUGGGGAUUUCACAUAUUGGAGUUUAUUUCAGUGGAGAGGAAAUGGGAAAUCGAUGAACUGGUGAUGCACCAAAUACUUUCCACUUUUAAGAAUCCUCAAGAUCCUUUGUGGCUUGCAAUUUUCCCCGAAGGAACUGAUUUUACUCAAGAGAAAUGCAAGAGGAGUCAAAAAUUGGCAGCUGAAGUUGGACUUCCUGUGCUCACUAAUGUGCUGCUUCCGAAAACAAGAGGUUUUUUUGUUUGCUUGGAAACUCUGCGUGACUCCCUGGAUGCAGUUUAUGAUGUGACUAUUGCAUACAAGCAUCAAUGUCCUUCCUUCUUGGACAAUGUCUUUGGUGUGGAUCCUUCAGAAGUUCAUAUUCAUGUUCGACGUAUCCCUGUUAAGGAGUUACCAACAUCAGACUCUGAAGUAGGUGAAUGGUUAAUGGAUGCAUUCCAUGAAAAGGACCAAUUACUUUCAGAUUUCAAAGCUCAAGGCAUUGCAGGUUCUUCGGCUACAGUUUUCACUCUCCAGAAUCAAUGCAGUUAUACGAUAUGGCCCGGAACUUUAUGCGGCAACGGCAUCGCCACUCUCGGUGACGGGGGGUUCUCAUUAGCUGCAGGUGCGUCAGUCCAGUUCCCCGUCCCACAAGCUUGGUCCGGUCGAAUCUGGGCUCGAACAGGCUGCAACUUCGACGCUUCAGGCAAUGGCAAAUGCGUAACAGGCGAUUGCGGCGGUUUGCUCAAGUGUUCAGCCGGUGGUGCACCGCCAGUGAGCCUUGCGGAAUUCACCAUCGGCAAGGACGCUAACGACAAGGACUUCUACGACGUCAGUCUUGUCGACGGUUAUAACGUGGGGUUAGGCGUCAAGGCGGUUGGUGGCAGCGGAGAUUGUCGGUAUGCGGGCUGUGUUACUGAUCUUAAACGAAACUGUCCGACGGAGUUACAGGUGAUGGAUUCGGGCUCUGUUGUUGCGUGUAAAAGCGCGUGUGCUGCGUUCAACACGUCUCAGUUUUGCUGCACCGGCGACCAUGCGACGCCUCAAACAUGUUCGCCCACACAGUACUCGAAGCUGUUCAAGAACGCUUGUCCCACGGCUUACAGUUAUGCUUACGAUGAUGCUACUAGUACUUUUACUUGCUCUGGCUCUGAUUAUGUGAUCACUUUCUGCCCCAGUUAGAAUUUUCAGUUUCAUUGCCAGAUCUAAAUUCUAAUGUUAUUUUUUGAUGCAUAUAUUUUAAUUUCUGCGAUUACCUUCUUUGUU